AUGUUGUCGGCUCCCGUUAAGUCGGCGAGGCGGAUCUCGUCUCUGUUUUCGUUGGGAUCCAAAGAUCGGGACUCCCACUCCUCGACCGUGUCUGCGCCAGUCUUGAAUUCCUCGGAAAACCCCAUUGACAAACGACACCAGAGUAGCUCAAAACCCACGCGUCAUGUCUCGACCCCAAAUGCCAUCUACUCUUCUGAGCCCCGAACCAUGCCUGACAACCUCGACAUGGAAGGCUUACCCCCGCCACCUUCACUUCUGGCGGUGAACCAAGAUCUGGCCAGCAGCGCGCCGAGUUCGCUCGUUGGCAAUCCGCAGAGCAGGGGGCGCGAUAUGACUAGGCCAUCCAGCUCCGGAGGGCUGGCUAUCCCAGGAUCGACCCCGGAUUCUCGCCCCAGCACACCCUCAUCGAGGCGCAGAAGUUGGAUGCCCGGUCGUUCGCGCGGCAGCUCAAUCGAUAAGCGGCAAACUCCUAUGCUUCCGGCUGCUUGGAUUGCAGGACUGGACCAGAAAGUCGUUUACGAUCUGAAUCCAUUGUCCACAGGAGAACAGAUCCAGGAACUAUGGAACGAGCAAGGCGACACCUAUGUCUAUUUGUUCCCCCAGAGCGCCGGCCGUGCCCCAUCCUUCAAGGUCGAUUCCACCAUCUUCGCCGAAUCACCGUCCCUCACCUAUCUAGCCCGCGGUGAGGAUGGUAAGAGUGGGCUUGAGCAGCCAACCCAAGCAUUGUCCCUCGACACAACCUCUCCCCCCAUGUCACCACUGGACAGUCAGCCCGAAAACGACAACGACAGCGCGGGAAGCCAAAGAUUGGCAUUCGAAGAUACAACUGAGGAAGCACAGGAACUCCAUCUUUAUCUCCCCAUUCCGCUGAAUUGUGAUGUAUCCAACCCGCAAGCAAAGCUCACUCCAGAAGACACAGAGACCCUUCUUUUGUUCCGCAAUCUCUUCGCAUUCCUGCUCGGCCAGUCUUUGAUUGCCUCACCCAAGUCAUCCACUCUUUUCUCUAUCUUCAUGGACGUCGCAGUCCUUUUGGCCCGGUUUGAGUUCUCGAACUUGGAUGCGUCCAAUUUUGGUGAGACUGCCACCUCCAGUUUCAGCAACUACUGUGAAGAAUUGCGCCUUGCAGAUGUCCGUCGAAGCAGGGAGAAGACGAUCGAGGCCAUUGUCUUAGGUGAGCGCCUGCGCUACUAUCCGCUCUAUGUUGAGGGCUUUGUCCAUGGCGUUGGAAAGCUCGAUGAGAUCAAGCAAUUGCGAAGCCCUAAAUAUGCAUUUAUCCAUCCCAUCACGCAGAAACGUUUGGAGCGCGCGUUCAUUGACCUCGACACCCGUCUGCGCGGUCUCUAUGGCAAACUGGAAGAUUUCGAUUUCCCUUCGGUUUUCUCGGGCGUCGCCAACUCGACUACGUCCGAGGAAAGUAAGGUGGUGCGCUUCAAGAACUGGAAGACGGGAUUCCAAGAAUUCCGCCGCUUUACUAUCCAGUACUAUCGACAGAAGUACGGCUCGUGGCCGCCCAAGGCUCGAUCAAAGAAGAACGAGUUUGAGGAAAACGGGCUGAAUCGUCUUCUCCUUUUGGAUCUGUACCACGACUUCACCGAUCUCUACGAUUUGAUGGUUGACAGGACGUCCCUUACGACGCGUACCAUUGAUAUCUCGGGCGUGAACAAUGAGUCAUUAGAAUCAUCCGAUCCAAAGCAAGUGACCCUUCGUGCUUUGCGGCAAGUUCUUUCCGAGUACGACCGAAGCACACCACCAGUGCUUCCUCCCAUUCCAUUCGACAUUCCUCAGAUUCCGUCGCUGCAGCCCUUGCAUCGGAAACCGCUUGAUGCCAAGAAGGAGGCCAAGCAGAGUGCUAAAAAGCUCAAGGACUCCGACAUCAACGCUGUUUUGAUGGCAUCUUAUACCCGGGAAGCCAUGCGACCCACUCCUUUCAUUGAGAGCUUCAUGCAAUUCGAGCGUCGUUCGGCGCACGGCAAGAAUGUCACUGAUCUUACCGACCUCCGAUGUGGCCAGUGGAUCUUCCUAUAUGCCGUCAUUCAAGCCCUCCCCAUGCUGGUGGUGGAUGUCCCUGAUGUGCACUUCAAUGAGGGUGUGGAGUAUUUCCUCUGCAUUGCCCCACGUGGCGGUGCUCCCUGGAUACAAAACGACACUAAGACUUCUCGCAGCUGGUUCGGAGUUGCAGGUGGGGCUGGUGUUGUCAGCUUGCCAUCUGACGUAGUGAUCAAUGGAGUGGAAGGUGUAUACCGCCGCAGUCAUUGUUGGCAAGUCGCCGAGCAGUGGGCCGAGGCAGGCGCUCUUCUCGAUCCUCCUAUGAUGGAUGACGCCACCUAUGAUGAUGAGGAGUCCUCUAUAUCAUCACCUUACCAGGGCCAACCAUCGUCGGCUGGGUCCUCUUCGGAUCCUUACCCGAACCCUAUGAUGGCCCCAGGUGGGCUCACAACUCCCCCUCCAGCUAUUCCACGAACCCGCUCGCCUACCGCUGCCCAACGAUCUGAGCAUCGCCACUCAUUCUAUCCUGGAUUGGAAGCCCUGCCUCUUCCCGCAGGUGUUGCUCCCAUCGAGCCUCCCACUCGUCCGCUUAGUCGAUUUAACCCGAACAUGAGUUUCGACGAUAUUCUCAAGGAAGUCCCGCAGAAGGACAAAAAGAAGCAUUAA